UCAACUUCCUCAUCCUCCUUCUCUAACUGUUGAGUUCCCAAUUACAACCCUCUUCUUAAUUUGGAUCUUCCUAUUCAAUAUCUUUGCUCUAUAUUGCUAAAUUAGGAAAAAAAAGAAAAGUUGAAGAAGAGAAGUUCCAAAUAAGAAGUGUAUAUAUAUAUAUGGCACCUGUUUCAUUGCCACCUGGUUUUAGGUUUCAUCCCACUGAUGAAGAACUUGUGGCUUAUUAUUUGAAAAGAAAAAUCAAUGCCAAGAAAAUUGAACUUGAGAUCAUUCCUGAAGUUGAUCUUUACAAAUGUGAGCCAUGGGAUUUACCAGGGAAGUCUUUAUUGCCUAGCAAAGAUCUAGAAUGGUAUUUCUUCAGUCCUCGUGACCGUAAAUAUCCAAAUGGAUCGAGGACAAAUCGGGCAACGAAAGCUGGAUACUGGAAGGCGACGGGAAAGGACAGGAAAGUAAAUUCACAGACAAGGGCAGUGGGGAUGAAAAAAACAUUGGUAUAUUACAGAGGGAGAGCACCUCAUGGAGCUAGAACUGAUUGGGUUAUGCAUGAAUAUCGAUUAGAUGAACGUGAAUGUGAAGUUGCUAAUGGUUUGCAGGAUGCAUAUGCACUUUGCCGUGUAAUCAAGAAGAAUUUGAACGGUCCGAAAAUAGGGGAGCAGUAUGCAGCAGUAAGUGAUAGAUCCUCUAGCAUUGAUCAUCAUGCAGAUCAGUAUGGAAUUAUGUCAUCAUCAUCAGCCACGUGUUCAUCAUCCAUGACACUCCAUAGAUCUCCUAGGAAUAUCAAUGCUUCUGCUACAAGUGAUGAUGAUCAUAAAUGGAUGCAAUAUUUGUCGGAUGAACCUAAUUUUACUUUCAACAACAACAACAGUCUGCAGCCCAUUACACCAAAUCAUGCAACUAUGUCAUUUCCCCCAUCUAAGGUUGAUAUAGCAUUAGAGUGUGCAAGGUUGCAGCAUAGGUUCACAUUACCUUCAUUGGAGAUUCAAGACUUCCCUCAAGUUGGGAGCUAUGUUGAUCAUGCCAAGAUGCCUCAAUCAAGUUUUAUCCAUCAAAAUCUAAUCAAUCAAGACUCAUGGGGUGGAAAUAAUUCAUCAUGUGAUCCUAUUGAUGAUGAUUUCUCUUUCCUAAUUCCUCUUAAUAAUAACCAAAGCAAUCAUGACUUGGGUUCACUCAAUUUCAUGGAACAAGAUGAGAAUGUAAUAAGGUCCAUUGAUAUUGGAGAUAAUUUUGAUCACGAGGACUUUAAAUCUGAUAGAAUAGUGGAAAAUUUGAGAUGGAUAGGAAUGUCAAACAGGGAUCUUGAGAAGACAUUUCUUGAGGAUUAUAAAACUGUUCCACUAGAAAAUGUUUCAGCUGUCCACAGAGAAGAGCAUGAGCUUCAAGGUGAAAAAAGUGGUCAUAGCAACAGCUUCAAUAAUGGAUUCAAUGAAACAGAAGCAAACAACUUCUCAAUAGGAUUUGACAAGUUGUGGGAUAAUGAUGGAGACAUUGAUGGUUUUUCAAAUUCUCCAAGCUUUGAAGUGUAUGAAAAAAUUGAAGUGAAUCAUGGGUUUUUUAUAGCUACAAGGCAAGCAUCCAAGACAUUCUAUCAUCAAGUGACACCUUCUAGGACACUUAAAAUUCAUAAAAACCUAGUUCCACUGCAUGAUUUUCCCAAAACUUCUCUUCAUAAUUUUGUCACAACACCAUGGACAACAACUAUGAGAACUUUGGUGGGUAUGGUUGCAAUUUUACAGAUUUUUUGGAUCUAUUUUGUUGAAUGCUUGGAGUUGGAGGGAAAAGGUUUCAAAUUGGAAGACACGAAGGGUGUCUAUGAAGAAUAUUGCUUAAUAGAGAGGGUGGAGAAGAAGAUCAAGAAAGUUCAAGAUUUUAAAUGGGAUUUUUAUAAGCAAAAUAAAUUCCCAAUUGGUGACAAAGAAGAAGAAGGGAUCAUAUAUUUUUGCAACGUGGAAAAGAAAUGGCCUAAUUAUCUCACACUUGUAGUAGCCCUUUCUAGCAUUUGGUUGCAUCAUAUUAUUGUACCUUCAUUUUGACUUUUUUUUUCUUUCACAAUUAAACAUUUUGUUCUAUUGCUAACCAUAAUUGUUGUUAGGGAAGGCCUAAUUUAAGAGCCCCCUUGAAUUAGAUACCAAAUAUCUAAAUG